CCUUUGGAUUUUCACACAAAGCUCAAGAAAUAAUACCAUGGGUUGGUGAUCGACGUGGUGGCUAUAAAUAGCGUGUCCUCCUUCUCACUAAACCACACACUUCCCCAAACCUCAUCCUCAUCUUCCUUCGAUCUCUUCUUCUUCCUUUCUCUGUGCCUUUAUAGAAUCAUGGGUGUGUUCACUUUCGAGGAGGAGCACGUCUCCGCCGUGGCCCCCGCUAGACUCUACAACGCUUCGCUCAAACACAGCCAUACCAUCCUCCCCAAGGUUAUCCCCGACAUUAAAAACGUCGAGCUCCUCGAAGGAACCGGCGGCCCUGGAAGCGUCAUCAAAGUUUCCUCCGUCGACGAAGGUGGGAACCCCAGAUACGGAUUGCACAAGGUGGAAGUGGUUGAUGAGGCGAGCUAUGUUUACAACUACAGCAUAGUGGAAGGCAACAUAUUGAUGGAGCCUGUGGAGAAGAUCUCGUUCGAGACCAAGAUCGUGGAGGGCUCCGCCGGCGGAUCAGUGAUCAAGGUGGUGAUCAAGUACCACACCAAAGGAGAUGCGUCGCCGCCGGAAGAGAUGCUCAAGACCGGCAAGGAGAAGGGAGCACAUCUCUUCAAGUCCCUCGAGGGCUACAUCGCCGCCAACCCCGAUCUCUGCUAGAAUCUUACAUGAAGCAAAUUAAAGCAAUCAUUAAUAAUAAAGUGGAGAUGGAUCCAUAUAUAUGAUGUUGAAAACCAAUCUUAUGUGUGUUUUUACUCAUCGCCCAUUCGCCCCAUCCUUAAAAUUGUGGGGCUUCUGAGGCUUACCAGUCGUGUGUGAGUGUUCUGUUUUGUCUUCGUAUUUUGUUGUGAGUGAUUAUUGGUUUUGAAGUGUUCAUUAUACUUGGUACUUUUGCUUGUAUUUUGUAAUAUGUAAAUCCAAAUUAAAUAACAACAGCAAUUUCACUUCAUUAAA